AUGUAUUUUCUUCUCUUUCUUUUCCUCGCAUCUUUUGAUUUUUUUCUUACUUUCUUUCUUCGUCAUUCGUUCAUUUAUUUCUCUUUCAAUUUUUCUCAUUUCUUUUUACAUCGUUCACAUAUUUUUUUUAUAUCAUUCUUUUCUCUUUCUCUCUCUCUCCUUUCAAUUUUUUCUUCCUUUACGCUUUUCUUGCGUAGGUUUUCAGAUUACAGCUCCCACACAUAUUUCCUUUCUUCUUUCUUUCAUUCCAUCCAUCCUUCCACCUAUCCUUUCUUUCUCCUUUCUGUAAACCCAUCCCUCCCGCACCUAUCCUUUCGUUGUUUAUUCUUUCCUUCCACCUACUCUUCCAGUUUCAUUCUUUCCUUCCAUUCUUUCCUUCCACCUAACCUUCCUUUCUUCUUUCUUUCCGUUCUUCCAUCCUUCCUUCCGCCUAUCCUUCCUUUUUUCUUCCUUUCCUUCCAUCCUUUCUUCCACCUAUCCUUUCUAUAUUCUUCCUUUCCUUCCAUUCCUCCUUCCACCUAUCCUUCCUUUCUUCUUUCCUUCUAUCCUUCUUUCCUUCCAACUAUCCUUCCUUUCUUUCUUUCCUUCCAUCCUUCCUUCCAGCUAUCCUUCCUAUAUUCUUUUUCCUUCCAUUCCUCCUUCCACCUAUCAAACCUUUCUUCUUUCCAUCCUUCCUUACUUUCACCUAUCCUUCCUUCCUUCCUUCCUUCCUUCCUUCCUUCCACCUAUCCUUCCUUUAUUCUUUCUUCCCUUCCUUCCAUUUCUCUUUCCAACAUUCCUUCCUUUCCUCCAUCCUUCCUUCCACCUAUCCAUCCUUUCUUCUUUCCGUCCUUCCUUCCACAUAUCCUUCCUUUCUUCUUUCUUUCCUUCCUUUUCUUCUUCCUUUCUUCUUUCCUUCCAUCCUUCCUUCCACCUAUCCUUCCUUUCUUCUUUUCAGCUAUCCUUCCCAUAUUCUUUCUUUCCUUCCAUUCCUUCUUCCAACUAUCCAUCCUUUCUUCUUUCCUUCUAUCCUUCCUUCUGCCUAUCCUUCAUUUCUUCUUUCUUUCCUUCCAUCCUUCCUCCCACCUAUCCUUCCUUUUUUUUCCUUUCCUUCCAUCCUUCCUUGCAUCUAUCCUUCCUAUAUUCUUUCCUUCCGUUCCUCCUUCCACCUAUCCUUCUUUUCUUCUUUCCUUCCAUCCUUCCUUCCACCUAUACGUCCUUUCUUCUUUCCAGCCUUCCUUCUUUCCAGCAUUCCUUCUUUCCAGCCUUCCUUCUUUCCAGCCUUCCUUACUUCCACCUAGCCUUCAUUUUAUCUUUCUUGCCUUCCAUCCUACCUUCCACCUAUCCUUCCUAUAUUCUUUCUUUCCUUCCAUUCCUCCUUUCACCUAUCCAUCCUUUCUUCUUUCCUUCCGACCUUUCUUUCACCUAUCCUUCCUUUCUUGUAUCUUUCCUUCCAUCCUUCCUUCCACCUAUCCUUCCUUUCUUGUUUAUUUCCAUCCAUCCUUUUCUCCACCUAUCCUUCCUUUAUUCUUUCUUUCCUUCCAUUCCUCCUUCCACCUAUCCUCCUUUCCUUCCAUCCUUCCUUCCACCUAUCCUUUCUUAUUCUUUCUUUUCCUUUCAUUCUUCCCUCCACCUAUCCUUCCUAUCUUCUUUCUUUCCUUCCAUCUAUCCUUACAGCUAUCCUUCCUAUAUUCUAUCUUUCCUUCCAUUGCUCUUUCCACCUAUCCAUCCUUUCUUCUUUCCAUCCUUCCUUCCUUCCACCUAUCCUUCAUUUCUUCUUUCUUUCCUUCCAUCCUUCCUUGCACCUAUCCUUCCCAUAUUCUUUCUUUCCUUCCAUCCUUCCUUCCACUUAUUCUUCCUUUCUUCUUUCCAUCCUUCCUUCCUUCCACCUAUCUUUCCUUUAUUCUUUCUUUCCUUUCAUCUGUCCUUACUUAUUUCUUUUCUUUCUUUUAUCUUGCUAUUUUGUCAUUUCUUUUUACUUAUAUUUUUGUCUUUAUGCCUUUUCAUAUAUCCAAAUUCUUUUCUUCGUCCUUCCUGACUUCAUUCCUACCUUCAUUUUUCUUUCUUUCCUUUUCCUGCUAUUUUAUUUGUCUUGCUGUCAUCUUAUAUAUCAAAUUCCUUUCUUUCUUUUCUUCUUUUUACUUCUUUUUCGUUUUUCUUCCCCUUCUCUUUAUUUGUUACAAAAUGUUUAAAAGUGUUCUUGCUCUUUUCUUCUUCCUAUCUCCCUCCCUCCCUCCCUUUUUCUUUCUUUUGAUUAUCUUUUCUUUUUUCUUUUCAUUUUUUUCACUUGUCUCUUUUUUUUUGUUUUCUUUUUUGAUUUCCUUUUUUCCACACUUUUUAUCUUUUUCCUGA